GUGUGGAGUGAGAAAGCGAAAAGGGAAGAAUUUUUACCGUUCAAAAUGGUUGCCCCAAAUUUCAGUUGUUUCGUUUAGGCCCUAUAAAUAAACCUCAAACACGCUACCGACCUCCCUCUUCUCAUUACAUUCCCUCCCUUUUUCUGCCUCACACAAAUCUCUAAUUUGACAAUUUCAUAAGACCAAGUUACUUACCAGACAUCCAUGGGGACUGUUGUCGAUUCUGCUAACCAGGGAGCAGGAAGCCUGCCAACCAACAAGAAGGUCACUGUUAUUUUUGUUCUAGGUGGCCCAGGCAGUGGUAAGGGCACCCAGUGUACUAAUAUUGUUGAAAACUUUGGGUACACCCAUCUAAGUGCUGGUGAUCUUCUUCGAGCAGAAAUAAAAUCUGGUUCAGAGAAUGGGACGAUGAUUUCAAACAUGAUUAAAGAAGGGAAAAUUGUACCAUCAGAAGUAACAAUUAAGCUUCUCCAACGAGCAAUUCAGGAAAAUGGCAAUGACAAAUUUCUGAUUGAUGGUUUCCCCCGCAAUGAGGAGAACCGUGCUGCUUUUGAGGCAGUUACUGGAAUUGAGCCUGAAUUUGUGCUCUUCUUUGAUUGUCCCGAAGAAGAGAUGGAGAGACGCCUUUUGGGUCGGAACCAGGGAAGAGAAGAUGAUAAUAUUGAAACAAUAAGGAAGCGAUUCAAGGUUUUCAUGGAAUCUAGUCUACCUGUUAUCGAAUAUUACAACUCCAAGGGGAAGGUUCGGAAGAUUGAUGCUGCAAAGCCUGUUGGAGAAGUAUUUGAAGCAGUUAAAGCUGUUUUUGCCCCAGCUGCUGAGAAGGUUGCUGCCUAAGAAUUCAUUAGUAGAGAGGCAUUACGAUUAAGUGUUAUGGUAUACCAGUAUUGUUUGCAUAUUGGUGCUUGCUCUGGUGCCUUUAGCAAGACGAUGUAUCUUUAUAGAUUCUACUUUUAUAGAAGUUUAUGGCAAAAUUCUCUUUUUGAUAUUUUUUGUUCUUUUGAAGAUGUUGUAUUAUUGGCUUAUUGCCUCUGUAUGGUUUUCAUUGUCGAGACUGAAUUUUGAUAAAUAAGAUUAUAUGAGUUUCUCACUC